UUUUGAACAUAGUUUUAAAGCUUCAGGGAGCGCAUGUGUUGAUUUAAUUGAAAUUUAGUGAAACAAAACUAGAGAAAAUGAAGUUGUUGGGAAAAUUUAUUUUAUUAUUUUCCCUAGUGGCUGGCGGUUUCGCUAAGGAUUGGUGGGAGAAUGGCAAUUUCUAUCAAAUCUAUCCGCGUUCAUUUCGGGAUAGUAAUGGUGAUGGUAUUGGUGAUUUGAAUGGUGUUACCGAAAAACUGCAAUACUUGAAGGACAUCGGUUUCACGGCCGCCUGGCUAUCGCCCAUUAUGAAAUCCCCCAUGGCCGAUUUCGGUUAUGACAUCUCCGAUUUCUAUCAAAUUCAUCCCGAAUACGGUACCAUGGAAGAUUUCGAGAACAUGAUCAAAAAAGCCAAAGAAGUUGGCAUUAAGAUUAUUUUGGAUUUUGUGCCCAAUCACUCCAGUGACGAAAACGAAUGGUUCAAGAAGUCCGUCAACAAUGAUCCCGAAUAUCGUGAUUUCUAUGUGUGGCACAAUGGCCGCAUCAAUGAGACCACCGGCGAACGUGAGCCACCCAGCAAUUGGUUGAGUGCUUUCCGGUACAGUGCCUGGGAAUGGAACGAUCAGAGACAGCAAUACUAUUUGCAUCAAUUUGCCAUCAAACAGCCCGAUUUGAAUUAUCGCAAUCCCAAGUUGGUGGAAGAAAUGAAAAAUGUUAUGCGUUUCUGGUUGGGCAAAGGUAUUGCCGGUUUCCGUAUUGAUGCUGUGCCAUUUUUAUUUGAAAAGGAAUUGGAUAAGAACAAUAUGUACCCCGAUGAGCCAGUUAUUGCUGAUGUGUCCUCAUGUCCUGAUCCAGAUGACUACUGUCAUUUGCAGCAUAUUUAUACUAAUGAUCAGCCCGAAACUUUCGACAUGGCCUAUCAGUGGCGUGCUGUAGCCGAUGAGUUCAAAAAGGAACAUGGUGGUGAUACUAGAAUUUUAUUGACUGAAGCUUAUACCAGUUUUGAGAAUAUUAUACGUUUCUAUGGUGAUGGCACACGCAAUGGUUCUCAUGUGCCGUUUAACUUUGAUUUCCUUUCCAAUGUAUUCAAUGAUACUUCGGCUGAGGUAAUGGUUAGUCACAUAACGAAGUUUAUGAAUGCUAUACCCAAGGAUGUCUAUGCCAAUUGGGUGUUGGGUAAUCAUGACAACAAACGUUUGGCCUCACGUUUGGGCAUUAAUCGCGCUGAUUUGUUCAAUAUCUUGUUGCAAACUUUGCCCGGCAAUGCUGUUACCUAUAAUGGUGAAGAACUGGCUAUGCAUGAUGUUUUCAUUUCUUGGGAAGACUCUGUAGAUCCUCAAGCUUGUAACGCCAAUCCCCAGACCUAUUAUGGUUACUCUCGUGAUCCCGCUAGAACUCCCUAUCAAUGGGAUGCUUCCAAUUUGGCAGGUUUCACCACCGGCGAUCAUACCUGGCUGCCGGUAGCCGACGACUAUCAAGUCAACAAUGCCUUGGCCCAAUUGAGAUCUCCCCAAUCUCAUUUGCAAAUCUUUAAGAAAUUAAUUAAAUUGCGCAAAGAACCCUCCCUGCAAGAUGGUGAUCUUAAUAUUCAGGCCAUAGCCGAUAAUGUUAUUAUCUAUUCCCGCCAAAAAGCCGGCAGUGAUUUGUAUGUUAUCGUAUUAAAUUUAAGUCAAAAGGAUCAAACCAUCAAUAUCAAUAGUUAUUAUAACAUGGGCUCUCAAGCUGAAAUUAUUACCACUUCUGUGCAAUCGAAACAUAGUGAUGGACAAACUGUGGAUCCCUCACAAUUCUUGAUUGAAGGCGAAGUAGGCGCUGUUUUAGUAAAAGUUUAAAAUUCUAACCAUCAAACUAUUAUAAUUACUAUUCUCCAAAAGAAAACGAUGCUAAAAGUUUAUUUUAAAUAAAAAUCUUUAAUUAAUUUCUUUCCUUUAA